AUGGAUCAAAUUCGAAAUGUCAUCGUUGGCCCUUGCGGCGAUUCUGCAUUUGUUAAACCACGUAGAUUAACAUUUGAACAAAACGGAAGGAAAAGGCAAUGGGAUUAUAUCAUUAUGCACGACAGCGUAUCCAUCCUGCUGUUGAAUACUACCAGACAAGCUUUUAUUUUGGUGAAACAAUUGAGACCAGUCCUCUUUCCAUAUCUACAUGGAGACGAGAUACCAUCGCUCUUAAAUGACAAAGAUGCCCAACCGAGACGUGAAUUGCCAAUGGAAAUAGCUAAUAAUGCUAUUACUUAUGAAUUAUGUUCUGGUAUUGUCGAUAAAGAUAAAUCACUAGUUAAAAUUGCGCAAGAUGAGAUUCUCGAAGAAUGCGGUUACUUCAUCCCUGAAGAUAAAAUUCAUCGGAUUACUUCCGGUCGUCGUGUUGGCACUUCGGGUUGUAAGCAAACAUACUUUUACGCAGAAUGUACAGACGAUAUGAUAGUUAGUUCUGGUGGCGGUGUUGAAGCUGAAGGUGAAAUGAUUGAUGUUUAUUAUUUACCCAUAGAUGAAGCUAGAGAGUUUAUUUUCGAUGAUAGUCUAAUUAAGCCAGCUGGUUUAAUCAUGGCAUUUCUAUGGUUUUUUCAGUAUUCACCAAAUUUGAAUGGUAUUAAUGACUUUGUUAAUGCUAAAAAUAAGUAG